GGGCCUUAUUCCCUUUUUGGCAUUUCUCUAUCAACCCCAAAUCCCUAAUUUCAAUCAUCCCUUCCCCCUAUUGGCCAUCGUUUUCCUUUGCUCUUAAUCUCUUCCCUAUUUUUCAUUUCUUCUUCUUCCUCCUUUGUGUUAGCGUGCAAUUCUGCUACAAUCUCCUCACCUUGCGGUCCCUGCUUUCGUCAUCGCCGCUCUUAUCCCUUUGAAGAUCGUGCAUUAUAAUGUAAGCUUAAUAGGACCGAAUGAAUUGCCUACUGCCCAGACAACUGCCCAACGAGCCCUAGAAAGAUCCCCUUCUCUGUCUCUUAGUCACUGGCUCUCUGCUGCAAUCUCGCGUCAUCUUCUCGCCUUCCUCUAGUUCUCUUGCCUUUGAAAUCGUUUCUAAAUAUAAGCAUCCCUCAUUCAGUCAUUCCAUCCUUUCUUUCUGGAGUAUCGCCGCUGAGUCGGUGAGUCUCACACUUCGCAGCCUUGUGGACAUCUGUGCUCUCUCGACUCUCGACUCUCGCUUCUCAGUGGUUCAGUGUCCUUUGUUAAGUGGGAAAUGAAUAAAGGUGGAGUAGUAGGUGCUGGGGGUGCUGGAGGAGGUGGAAGCGGACCAACUGCAGCUGCAACUGCAGCUGCUGCACAAAAGCAGAAGUCAUUGAUGCAGAGAGUGGAAACAGAUAUUGCCAACAUUGUCGACAAUUUUACUCACCUUGUCAAUGUUGCCAGGGUCAAUGAGCUGCCAGUUAGAAAUUCGCAAGAGGCUUUUAUGAUGGAAAUGCGAGCAGCCAGAAUGGUUCAAGCAGCUGACUCUUUACUUAAGUUGGUGUCAGAGCUUAAACAAACUGCAAUCUUCUCGGGCUUUGCAUCUCUCAAUGAUCAUGUAGACCGAAGGAUAGUUGAGUUUAAUCAGUUGUCAGAAAAAACUGAUGGCAUGUUAGCUAGAAUUGGUGAGGAGGCUGCUGCUAGCCUCAAGGAACUUGAAUCUCAUUAUUAUUCCUCUGCACAAAGGGUAAGUCAAGACUUACAACCGUAAACCAAGGGUUCUGAACAGAAGCAAUGCUGCUUUAUUGUUGAAUCACUUAUUCUCUCUUCCAGUUGAUUUUAUGGUAAAUCCUAUAAUAGUGGACGAUGCAAAUUAUUUUGUUCCUGAUAAGAAUUUGCCUUUUCAUCUGUUCAUGGAAUUUUAGAGGAAAACACAGACUUCCAAUUCCUUGUUUUUUGACAUUUUUCUUUUUAUGCAAAACUCUAUCCCAGAUUCAGAAAGUUAAACAUAACAUUCAAAAUGGGAUCUGGAAUUUUAUUGAGAAUAGGUUUAUGAGCCUCACAUAUGUAAACUUUCUACAAUUCUCCUUAACACGUCAAAUAUGAGCAAAAAUGUAAUGUUUUAUUGCUGUGGAAAUAUGUAAUGGCCUCACAUGCUUUGUCA